AUGCUGCUCGUGCGACCGCGCCGCCUGCCGUCGCGAUUGGCGUGGCUCUUGUUCGCAACCGUCGCCACGGCCACGAUAUCCUCGUCUAACACGUCUACCGCGCGUACAAAUCUCUACGACGGCACUCUGCCGCUCACUACCGCUCAGGGUGACGACGGGACCAGGAUAGCCGACCUGAUCCCAUUGACUAAGGAUGCCGCCAACUCAGUCCAGGGCAAUCUGUACAAUACCAACUACACCAGCGUCGUCGGCAUCUCCAAUGACGAAAUCGCAUACAUCAGCUGCGACACCACCGACUACAACGGUUACGACACUGCGCAGGGCGUCUUCGAACAGACCUACUUGCAAGGCAACAUCUCGGCAGUUAUACUGUAUAGCAGGACGUCGGACUACUGCAACUACACUCAGGACAAGACACAGGUCAUGAUGGACGAGUUCGCCAUAUACUCGAUGACGAACAGAGCAGACUCGGCAAAGGUGCGUAACGACAUCAUCGACAUGCCGGCAGCCAUGAAAUACUUCGUUCAAGUCAAGGCGCGGGAUGAGGGGAACAACGACUCCGGCAACGGCCAAUACCAGCAGAAUCCGUUGGGACCAUCUCCUUCGACAGCCGUCGCCAUGAUCAUUCUAUACAGUAUCACCGGCAUCAUCACAGCCUUAUUCCUCGUCAUCAUCAUCACCGGCGCCGUGCGCGCGCAUCGCCACCCAGAGCGAUACGGGCCUCGAAACGUACUCGGACGACCGAGGCAAAGCAGAGCAAGGGGAUUGGGGCGAGCUAUACUGGAUACCAUACCCAUCGUCAAAUUUGGCGAGAAGGAGCCGGCGAAACCCGCUGAUGUCGAACUGGGCUCGACGGCAGAAACACGGGAUGUGAAUGGCGUAAACACGGACACGGAAGCGCAAGCGAGCGGAGGAACAGCUGCGACCCAGCACGAUACGGCUCCACAUUCUGUGCCUGGUGCGACUGAGACAGCACAGGUCGUAACAUCGGACCCCGCGGAAGAGCAGCAAUCCGGCAUCGCGCCGGCACAGCCGGUUGCCGCAGGUGCGACAGCGGGUACCGACAAUGCUUCACCGGAUGAAGGCCUGGGUUGCUCGAUUUGUACCGAAGACUUCGAAAAGGGCCAGGAUCUCCGUGUUCUUCCAUGCGACCAUAAGUUCCAUCCAGAAUGUGUGGACCCAUGGUUGCUGAAUGUGUCCGGCACAUGUCCGUUGUGCCGGGUCGACCUCCGCCCAGUCAACUCGCGCGAUUCCACGGGAUCGCAAGAAGAUGAGCUCGCUCCCCCUCUCAACCCCGAAGGCGACACAUCCCACCGUCGCCGUACCGCGCUCUUUGAUAUCCUGUCCCUCCGCCAACGCCCGAACGCCUCACCCGAAGAGCGUAUUUCUGCUCUACGACGACUACGAGAGCAACGGAGGAACCAAAGUGGUGAUGUCGCAACUGGCAGUGCAAAUGCGAGUACCGAGGAUGUCGAUGGCGCGCGCGAUAGGAGGAAUAGGCGCAUCAGUGCCAGACUAAGCGAUGUCUUCAGUGGUCGCUCGAGGAGAGAUAGAGCUGAUGAAAGUUCGGCACAGCAAGGAGGGCUAAGUAGGAAUGAAGCGGAUGCUGCUCCUGGCGCCAAUGGACCAAGCGCUUGA